AAAUAGAGCGCACCUCUCGCCCACAUGGCGUCGUCUAUGGAUGUUCUGCAGUGGUUGGAUGCGCUGUCUGCAGGCCAGUCGGCCGUCCUAGUGGCCGUGGGAGCUGGGCUCCUGGGACUCAUAGUUGCCUUCUGCCUGUCGGGGCGCGGGUCGUCUGGCGAGAGGCAAAAAGAGGAGGAGACCAGAACCGCUGAAGUGGAAAAUGUUUCGUCCGCGGAAGAAGGGGACGAAAAGAAGACAGAGCCGCAGAAGAAGCAGUGGAAAGUCAAGAACACUGGAAAACCAAAGAAAACGGUGCUUCCGUCGCACCCACUGCUGGCGGCAGACUUCAAAGGCCACACGGGAGCCGUUCUCUCGUUGGACUUCGACUCUACUGGCAAAUACUUGGUCUCCUGCUCCGAAGAUAGAACCAUCCGUCUGUGGUACAUGAAGACCUUAGAGGAGAAAGAGCACAAGUACAGCCGGAAGAACGUAGAACUGGAUCAUGCCACUCACAUCAAAUUUAGUCCAGAUGGAACUGCUGUGCUAACCUUCCUGUCAGUGGCAAACGCUCUUCAGGUCUUCAAAAUUGCCAAGCAGAAAGGAUCCCUCACUGUUUCAGAGCCUACCAUUGACUUUCCCAAAGUUGAUUCCUCUACUGUCAUUUCGAUGGGGAUUGCAUCCACUGGCAAGUUUGUCAUGACCUGCACUUCAACCGCCUUCACUAUCUGGACUCUGAGAGGUGAAGUGUUGGCCACUGUUGAGACCAAACAGACACCAAACUCCUGUGCCAUUGUAUCUCCGUGUGGGAAAUUCAUCGCCUGCUCAGGGUUUACCCCCGACGUCAAGAUAUGGGAGGUGGAGUUCUCGAAGGGAGGCGAUUUUCAUCAGGUUUCGCGGGCGAUGGAGCUGAAAGGACACUCUGCAGCUGUCGUGUCUCUCAGCUUCAAUGGAGAUUCUCAGAGAAUGGCCACUGCUUCUAAGGACGGUACAUGGAAGUUCUGGAACACUGAUGUUCGGUACAGGCUGAGUGAGGACCCCAAACUGCUGACGACAGGGGAAAUCCCCGAGACGGGCUCCACUGCAGUAGCUGUGGCUCCAGACUCGAGGGUGGUGGCCAUUUCCGUCGACACCUCUCUCUUCAUCUUCUCCUCCUCUUCCGGCGACAUGAUGGAGAAACUAGUCGAUGUUCACGGAGAUGUGGUGUCGUGUCUGUGCUGGGACCCAACCAGUCAGUACCUGGUGUCAGCUGGAGACAGCGACAGACACAUCAGAGUGUGGCACAACCACUCUGGGAGAAGGGUGCACCUCUCCGAGAUGAAGGCCGAGCUACCGAAAGCCAACAGCGACGCAAUGAAGGUAGACUAUAUAUACCUUCUCAAGAGACUCUUUUAGUCCCAGUGUGAAAUAGAACUGAAUAGAGGACACCCCUCAAUAAGGGACCCUUGGUUCUGACCCAUACUAUGUAAUACACAAUUGUGUGUGUCUCUCUUUUGGCAGCGGAGGUUACAGGCACAGAUAGAGGAAACAGAGGCCUUCCUUCAGAGAGUGGUCUCAUGCUAGGGGGGAAGAGUUUGAUCUCAUCAGACAUUCAUUUCCGUUCCAUAGCGGAUGUGUUCUAAAUUUAGUAACAUUUUCUCCGCCUAUAAAUUGACCGCAGACCGAGAGCUCAUUGUGUCGCGUAAACAGUUCACCCGCUAGAUCGACUGUGUCCGACGAUUUCUCGUGUCUCGAUGGCCGAACGCUUGCCUUCCUCGAAGAACAUGCUACGGAGCCGCGGUCAGGACGAGCGCUCUGAGCGGAGGCGAGUGAGCACGGCGUCCAGUCGGGACGAAGAGAUAGAAGAGACGCUUCAGAGGAUCCAGAAGCAGGGAAAGUACGUCAAAAUGAAUGUCGGCGGCGUCCUCUACUGCACCACUCUCGGGACGCUCACCAAACACGAUAAUAUGCUCCGGGCCAUGUUUAGCGAGCGAAUUCCGCUCCAGAAAGACGACGAAGGUUGGGUGAUUAUCGAUCGCAGCGGCAAACACUUUGGCAGUAUCCUCAACUACAUCCGUGACGACUUUAUCUGUCUACCAGACAGCAAGGUUGAGUGUAUGGAGCUACUGUCAGAGGCAAAGUACUACUGUUUGACUGACCUAGUUGAGCAGCUGGAGGAGCAGCUAGAGAGACUCAGAGAUGACUACCACAAGAUAUGCCGCGUCCCUGUCAUUACCUCUCUUGACGAGGAGACGAGAAUCGUAUCAACCUCUGUGAAGCCGGUCAUCAAGCUGCUCUACAACCGAGGAAACAACAAGUAUUCGUACACAACAAACUCAGAUGACAACCUCCUGAAGAACAUAGAGCUGUUUGACAAGCUGUCGGUGCGGUUUGGCCAGAGGAUCAAGUUCAUCAAAGACAUCGUCGGGAGGGGAGAGAUCUGCUGCUGGGCUUUCUACGGCCACGCUAAAAAGAUUGCUGAAGUUUGUUGUGAGUCUAUCGUCUACGCCACGGACCGUAAACACACCAAGAUAGAGUUCCCUGAGGCGAAAAGAUCCUGGACGAAACUCUCAACAUAAUGUUGUAUGAGAAACGAUCGGAUGGGUCCCCUCUCGGCUACACAGACCCCCUCCCCUCUCUCCCUCGUGUCCCGCCUCCGCGACCCCCUGGGACCCCUGACGGAGUCCUCUCUGAAGAUGAACUGAGAUAGUGACAGCCCCCCUCCCCCUCGCUCUCUUUCUCUCUACCGACACUCUGUGUGUGUUGCCAGACCAUCACUACGUACCAUAACAUCAGGCUCUUUCCCUGAUUCAGUCAGUGUAUCUGUAUGUCUGUUAGAUUUUUUCAUGAAAAUUUUGAGGC